UUCACAAAAUAGAGGUGCUCUUGCUUCCUUGGCAAAUGAGUUUGUUGUGCAUAUUUCUCUUUUGACCGUUCCUAAUUCCACUUCUCCUUCGCCGCCUCAAAGUCUUUGCCCUCUCUCAACUUCGAUUUCGUCGAAUACGAUGUUAUUUUCCCGGAUAUCAAGAAACCUCAGAGGCAGCUUCAAAGGAUGUCGGUGGUUCCUCUCCCUUGGAGACCACAACUUGCAUAAAUUUCAUUCACGUGUAGACUCUACUCAACAGAUUACGAGAAGUUUAAUUUUUCCAAAGGGCCUGCCAUCAUUGCAUAGUACUAGGUAUCAAAUCCAUCAUCAAAGCAGCUCCAUAGUUGAGGAUGAACUUGAUCCAUUUUCUCUAGUUGCUGAUGAACUAUCACUUCUUGGUAACAAGCUGCGAGCAAUGGUAGUUGCUGAGGUUCCUAAGCUUGCCUCAGCUGCUGAAUACUUCUUCAAGAUGGGGGUAGAAGGAAAAAGAUUUCGUCCCACAGUUUUAUUGUUGAUGUCAACAGCAUUAAAUCUACCAAUACCCAAAGCUCCUCCUCCUGUUGAGCCAGGAGGUACUUUGACAGCUGAUGUACGGUCAAGACAACAACGCAUAGCUGAAAUAACAGAGAUGAUUCAUGUGGCAAGCCUACUUCAUGAUGAUGUAUUAGAUGACGCAGACACCAGACGUGGUAUUGGUUCAUUGAAUUUUGUAAUGGGCAAUAAGUUGGCAGUAUUGGCUGGAGAUUUUUUGCUUUCUCGGGCUUGUGUUGCUCUGGCCUCUUUGAAAAACACAGAGGUUGUAUCUUUAUUAGCAAAAGUUGUAGAGCAUCUUGUAACUGGGGAGACCAUGCAAAUGACUACAACAUCUGAUCAACAGUGUAGCAUGGAAUAUUAUAUGCAAAAGACAUACUACAAGACUGCAUCUUUGAUGUCAAAUAGUUGCAAGGCAAUAGCCAUCCUUGCGGGGCAAACAGCAGAAGUUGCAGUGCUUGCUUUUGAGUAUGGAAAAAAUCUGGGUUUGGCAUUUCAAUUAAUAGAUGAUGUGCUUGAUUUCACAGGCACAUCAGCUUCUCUUGGAAAGGGUUCUUUAUCAGACAUUCGUCACGGAAUUGUUACAGCGCCAAUAUUGUUUGCUAUGGAGGAGUUCCCUCAGUUGCGUGCAAUUGUUGAUGAUGGUUUUGAAAACCCUGCGAAUGUUGAUCUUGCUCUGGAGUAUCUAGGAAAGAGCCAAGGUAUACAGAGGACAAGGGAGCUAGCAGUGAAGCAUGCUAACCUUGCAGCAGCAGCAAUUGAUUCCCUACCCGAGAGUGAAGACGAGGAAGUAAGAAAAUCAAGGAAAGCCUUAAUAGAUUUAACUCACAGAGUCAUUACAAGAAUGAAAUGAAAGGAAGCUCUCACGCUCCACCCUUCCUUUUCUUUUUUCUUUUCUUUUCUUCUUUUUUGUGGGUAGCUAAAGGUAAGGUUUUCUGUCGGUAAAAUCAACGGCUAACAAUUGUUUUGUUACCAUCAAUUUUUCUAUAAUUGUUCCCCUAAGCCGGAAAUUGCGGGGGGAAAAUAAGUUGUUUCUAGGAUUUAUGUUUUUAUUCCUUUUUCUUAAUUAUUUAGAUUAAAUUUCUUUCCAUCUAUUGUUUCUAUAAUAAUGACUAAGUUUUACCAUUGUGCCUCC